UAAACAGAUGAACUGGCAGCCCAUUUCUGAAAACCACUGAGAGGUUUGUGAGGAGAAGACCAAUUGUUGCCUUCUUUAUGGUUUAGUGGAGAAUUCACAGGGUCAGAAUCUCAUGACCCAGUGUUCAAGAUAUUAGUUCAACUUCUCCAUUUAUUUAUUCACCCAUUGGAUAAAUAUAUAUGGCACCCCUGCUAUGUGCCAGGCCUUUUUCUAGGUUUUGAGGUCGCAGAAAUGAACAAAAAUGGAAAAAGCAGCCUUAUGGAGCACAUUCCAGUGGGGAAUUAAGAUAAGAUCCAUGGCAUGAACAAAUGAUCCAGAGCCCUGGCCAGAUUGACCAUCCUUGAUACCUGCUCACAGGUUAGUCAAUGUAUUUCUGUUGAAGAAGUUGAGAACUAGAAGGAGAAAAUUAAAAUAGUAAUUGGGGAAAAGAAGGAACCUGAAAGAGAACCAUCAGACACCCAGGGACAUCAGGAUGAGUGACAACACUACUUUGGCUCCUCCAGCUUCAAACCAGGGUCCCACCACCCCCCGCAAGGGGCCCCCCAAGUUCAAGCAGAGACAGACACGCCAAUUCAAGAGCAAACCUCCUAAGAAAGGUGUGAAAGGGUUUGGAGAUGACAUUCCAGGCAUGGAGGGGCUAGGAACAGACAUCACGGUGAUUUGUCCCUGGGAAGCGUUUAGCCACCUGGAGUUGCAUGAGCUUGCUCAGUUUGGGAUCAUCUGAUGCACCACAGGUUCUGUCGCUCUCAACAGCAUCGGCUGUAAUUUUGAUUACUUUUGCCCUAUUGAUCUGCCGGAGUCUUGAAAUUCAGCUGUUCGGAAGUGGUUUCUUCAGCUUACACAGUCAUUUCCCCUCCAUUGCUAUGAAGAGUUCUCAUAGUGUCAGAUCCUCUCUUGCCAUACAGUUCAGCUCAGAAUAGUGGAUGCAAAUUGUCUUUUAUUAGGGCAUUUCAAACUUUACCAUCUUCCCCCAUCAGCUGGUUGGAAAUCAUUGAUAGUUUUCUAGAUUUUGUUUAUUUGUUAAAUCUUUCAAAUCUAUUUGGACUAGGCAAUCCCAAUAAUUGGUAGUAGCUUUUAAGAGAACAUUUAUGUCAUUCCCUUCCUCUUCUCAUUUAAUAAAGAAGAUAUUUACCUUCAAUCUAA